GGAACCUUUAGGAUUCAGAAAAAGUACUGGACUUAAGCUGAGUGGCACAUGGGCUGUGGGCAAGACAUCACAUCUGAACAAAGAACCUGAGGUGCAUUCCUGGAGACUGGUCUUCACCUAAUACACAACAGGCUUUCCAAUUGAGAGAAAAGACCUGUUUCUGCUGCCAUGAUAACCAUACAAGGAAUAGAACACACUGCAUUGGAAGCUGGCUGUGAUGCCCAAAAGGUGGGACAACAGCCUUUAUAUGUGAAUUCACUUUCGUGGAAAAGGAUGACAGAGAAGUUCUUGAAGGGAGAACCCAAAAUCCUUGGGGUUGUGCAGAUUGUGAUUGCCCUCAUGAACCUCAGCAUAGGAAUCACGAUGAUAAGUUCUAUUGUGCCAGCUGGUGAAAUCCUUCCUGUCUCAGUGUAUAUAGGGUACCCAAUCUGGGGAUCUCUGAUGUUUAUUAUUUCAGGAUCAUUCUCAAUUGUAGCAGGAAGAAGAACUACAAAAGGUUUGGUUCGAAGUAGCCUAGGCCUGAACAUCACCAGCUCCGUGUUUGCUAUCUCAGGGAUCAUAAUCAGCUCACUGAGCCCAGGCAUUUAUUCUUUCCAUUUCUACUACUGUGCAUAUAGAAGCUCUUCAGAAAGCUGUCUCAUGACCAUGUCCAUUUUAAUUGGUCUGGAUAUUGUGGUAGUCAUUUUAAGUGUGCUGGAGUUCUGCAUUGCUGUGUCUCUCUCUGCCUUUGGAUGCAGAGUGAUGUGUUGUAACCCUGGUGGGGUCGUGGUAAUUAUGCCAUCAAGUCCUCCCAUGAAAGAAACAGCGUGUCCUAUAUCACUUUAAGGAGGUUUGAUACCACUGGCACACCAAGAGAAAAAUGUUCCAGAAAAUCUGCAGUGAUUUUUUUUCAAGAACUACACAUGGGGAAACAUAAGACUUUAAUUCUGAUGUGGAUCUCUCUCUCUCUCUCUCUCUCUCUCUCUCUCUCUCUCUCUCUCUCUCUCUCUGUAAGUUUUGAAUUACAUUCUCAUGUUUCCCCAGGAGCUUGGCUGAUCAUUCCAUUGGCUUUUCAUAAGAAUAUCAGAGUGAAAUAAAUAAAACAUCCA